AUGGACGUGCCUGAAACAAGACAGUCCUCCAUAGUAGUUGCCAUAAGAGUAAGACCCUUUACGUCUACAGAAAAGACAAGGCUGAUCAAUGAGAGUAGUGGUGCAGAAGCCAAUUUCCCCGGAUUGGGCGAUUCGUCGUUGAUUUUGCCCAUGAGCGCCAAUUCCGAUUCCGAUAUAGACAUAGACGGUGAUGAAGGCUCUACGAGGAGCAAAAGGAACAGUUUCCUGAGAAGGAAAAUGGUUAGGCCGGAAGGUAUACGCAACAUUGUGGAUUGUGUGGACGAUAGAAUGCUAAUAUUCGACCCCGCCGAUAGAAAUCCCUUGAAUAAAGUGAGUGAUCAAAUCCUGAACUCUAUGCAUUCCAGUGCCACUAAAGCCACUGCUUCCUCCAGCAGCAGUAGAAGAGCCACGAACAAAUUUUCCUCGCAACGCCGAAGACACGGUGGUGAAAUUAAAUUUGUGUUCGAUAAACUAUUCGAUGAGAACUCUUCCCAAGUCCGUGUCUACAAGGAAACUACAAGUCCACUUUUGGAUUCCGUACUGGAUGGAUUCAAUAGUACCGUGUUUGCUUACGGUGCUACGGGUUGCGGUAAGACAUAUACGGUGAGUGGUACCCCUUCACAGCCAGGAAUCAUCUUUCUGGCCAUGGAGGAGCUAUUCAAUAAGAUUUCAGACCUGAAAGAUGAAAAAAAUUUCGAGAUUUCACUAUCCUACUUGGAAAUAUACAAUGAAAGGAUAAGCGAUCUUUUGAGACCGGAGACACCUUCCAAAAGACUGGUUAUAAGAGAAGACACACAAAAUCACAUCAAAGUGGCGAAUCUGUCAUACCAUCACCCGACCACGGUGGAGGAUGUCAUGGAUUUAGUCGUCCAAGGGAACAUAAACAGAACUACAUCCCCAACAGAGGCCAAUGAAGUAUCUUCGCGUUCACAUUCAGUGCUCCAAAUCCACAUCAUGCAGACUAAUAAACUCGUGGACUUGACUUCGCAACAUACUUUUGCUACGCUGUCAAUAAUUGAUUUAGCUGGGAGCGAAAGAGCCUCCGCAACGAGAAACCGUGGUAUAAGAUUACACGAAGGUGCCAACAUAAACAGGUCACUGCUGGCAUUGGGCAAUUGUAUCAACGCUUUAUGCCUAAAUGAUGGAAGCAGGACUUGCCACAUUCCCUACAGAGAUUCCAAGCUAACGAGACUUCUAAAAUUUUCACUAGGAGGCAAUUGUAAGACGGUUAUGAUCGUUUGCAUCUCGCCCAGCAGUUCCCACUAUGACGAAACGUUGAACACUUUAAAAUAUGCAAACCGUGCUAAAGAGAUCAAGACCAAAAUCAUUAGAAAUCAGCAGUCUUUGAGUAGACACGUGGGAUCAUAUUUGAAAAUGAUAACAGAGCAGAAGAGACAAAUUGAGGAACUACGUGAACGUGAAGAGAAGAUGAUUUCUCUGAAAUUAACAAAAUACAAAUUAAACAAAGAGAAGAUCCAACUAGCCAUUAACGAAUGCAUUAACCAUGUCCAACAAACGUAUUCCACUGUGGAAACAUAUCAAGUAGCAAAGAUCUUAAAAUCAUUAAUACUUUGCAAAAGACGGUUUUUGCAAAUGGUCAAGCUGGAAGUAGAUAACUUAACGCUGUUGUUCCAACAAGAGGAAAGAAUAGGGACGGAGAUGCAACCCGUGAUAAGCAAUUGCAGAUUAAUCAGCGAACAGCUUUUCAAUAAGAUACACGAGCUAGAAGUAAAGUUCGACGAAACUGAUGCAUUGAAUUCUGUCAUACAACAGGUACACUCUAUUGACUUGAACAAGUUGAGAGAAAUGGAAGACUGGGACGAAACUUACGACCUGGUGUACCUGGAAGCAUGCCUCAACCAAAUAUCGGAACUGCAAAGAAACGAAAUUUUGGUCAACUCAUCUAUAAUGACAGAGAAACUAAUUUCUGAUGUUAGAUUGAACUCCAGAUUCAAAUUUCUUUCAAAAUGGUUAAUGGACAGGACCCCCGACAUAGAAUUCAUAAUACAAGAUUUGGUACAUAUUGACGAAGAAUUUGAAUCGUUUGCCAAAAAUUUCAUUGCCAAUCCUGGCAAUACUUUCACAAGCACAAAUAUAAGCAUGAAAAAUACAACGGCAGCCGAAUUGGCUGCCCCCGCCGAGACCCUUCAACGACAAAAGUUCCCCAACAAAAAAGUGAAAUGGACAAGCCCAAGCCCCAGCCCUAGCCCCACCGCGAAGCUGCAACUGGAACAAGAACCAGGAUUAGAGGCAGAUCAAGAUCAAGAUGCAACUGCAGGUGAAGUGGACGUAAGCAUGCAAGAUACCACAUUCAAUGAGCAGGGCCCCUCGACACCAUUCACCGCCUCUACAGCGGUACCAAGAAGAAAAAUGCGCUCCUCUCUUCUCACACACCAAAGCCUUCUAGGCACUGCCAAAAAAUAA